GUCCGUUGUGCUCUUUUCAUAUUUACAGGUCCCCUUCUCAGUGUGGCAGCGUUUUCCGGUACUCCUUUAACCUCUUCAACUAACUGUUACUGGCAGUUGAUGAAGCUCCAAGUCACUCGCCGUUUCUUUUGCAGUACCAGCCAUUGCAUUCUUAGUUUCUUACAGGAAUUUCUAGGACAUUCUUUUACCCUCUUCUUUCAAGAUUUAGAAAAAAAAAAAACCAAAAUUUCAGCGCUGCCUCUUGUUCCUCGUACUAAAACAAUUUCAUCCUCGUAUUAACGGUCUCACUCUCAUGCUUCGGUUUGUUUCAACUGGGUCAAAUAUUUUUUCACGAGCCGCAGUCGUAAAAGCUCUGCGAGUGUUCAGUUCCGCCACCUGUUCGACCAUUGGCCUGACCCAAACCAAGGUUGAAGUUGAAGUUGAAGAAUCUACAAACAAAUGGAACAAUGCCACUGAACUUUUAAGCAAAUGGGGUUGUAGUGAUGAUGAUUUGAUGAGAAUAUUCACGCGUUGUCCCUCAUUGCGCAAUGCUGAUCCCACGCAGGUUCAAUCAAAACUGUAUCUGCUGAAUGAUUUGGGCAUACACGGGUCUGAACUUGUGAAGAUUCUCAAUUGUAGGCCACGGUUUUUUAGUACUCGGGUUAACCGUUGCUUAGAUGAGAGGAUUGCGUAUCUUACUUCAUUGUUUGAGACGAAGGAAGUGCUUCAGAAGGCCAUUGUGAGGAACCCUUCGUUGCUGCUAUCGAAGGGUUGCUAUAAUGUUAAGGCAACAGUUGAGAUCUAUGAGAAGUUGGGUGUCAAGAAAGAGGACUUGGUUCAAAUGCUCCUUUUGCGGCCCACGGUUAUUUCGAGGACUUCAUUCAAUGCUGAGAAGCUGGAAUAUCUAGGCAAGACGGGGCUUACCAAGGAUUCAAAGAUGUAUAAGUAUGCGGCCACAUUGAUAGGAAUCUCUCGUGUGGAAACGAUUCGGGAUAAGUUGGCGAAUUUCGCGAGGUUUGGGUUUUCUGAGGAUGAGAUAUUUGGUCUUAUGGGGAGGUCUCCUAAUGUUUUGACAUUGUCGACCGAUAAGGUUCAGAGGAACAUGACUUUCAUUUUGGGCACCAUGAACCUGGAUGCUAAGAUGGUUCUAAAGCAGCCAUAUCUCUUGUAUGCCAAUGUGGAUACUGUUCUGAAGCCAAGAGUGCUUCUAGCAUUGAAGAUACAAGAUAUGGAUUCAAAGUUGCAAAUCAUGGGACCAACGAUGGUAAGGUCGCUGAGGAUGACAGAGGAGAGGUUUUUAACCAUGUUUGUCAAAUGCCAUGACAAGGAUGUUGCCAGUGAAUUGAUGGAAUUCUAUAAGAGGACUAAGGAGGUGAAGAGAUUAGGCGAGUCAUCAAAGAAGUAUAGUAAGAGAGGAUUCCCUUUCUGAAAUCUGAACUACAUUUAUCAUGCUAUGAAGUAAUUUUGGAGCUGAGAUCCAUGUCCAUUUUCUGGCUCAUCAUGUUAUUGGAAAUUAUUUUUGUGACA